AUGCCUCCUCCAACAAAGCGCCGGAGGGUCGAACCCACCGUAGUCGAAGAGAUCGCUUUCGACCCGGCUGCUCGGUAUGAAUUUUUGACCGGCUUCCACAAGCGCAAAUUGCAGAGGGCCAAGCAUGCGCAGGAGGUUGCCGAGCUGCGGGCCAGAGCGGAGAAACUAGAAGGGAGGAAGCAGCUGAGAGAACAGAGGAAAGCCGAACUCGAGCGGCAUGUGGAGGAAGUGAACGCGAUGCUGGGGUUGCCUGCCGCAGCCAGCAAUAAACAAUAUGGCGACUCAAGUACGGAUUCCGACGAGGAAUGGAAAGGCAUCUCAGACUCCGACCCACCGCCGAUCGACCACGAGGCAGAGUACGUUGAUGAGGAGAAGUACACCACGGUGACGGUCGAGGCUCUGGACGUCUCGAAGGAGGGACUAUUCCGGGCGCAACAGGAGAGUGAUGAACAUAACUCGGAUGACAAUGGAGUGACUCCCACAUCCACAAACGGAGGUGCUUCGUCCGGCAAAGAGAAACGUCCUUGGACAAAAGAGAAACCUAAAGACGGGGUGAAGAAGCGUAAGAAGAAACGGAAUUUCAGGUACGAGGGCAAAGCAGAGCGGAAAGAAGCACGAGCGAAGCAGAAGUCUAGGAACUCGAGGCAGGCUCGAGAACGACGAGCUGGCGGAUCGUAA